UGUAAGAGGCCUUGUCUCCCCAGUGAGGCCUCUCCGAGGGGACUUCUGGAUCCAAGAGCCUGUCCAUUCAGAACAGAACCUGGAACCCAAGGAAACUGCUUGAGGAGUGUGCUUCUAAAAGAGAAGAUGGCACGAGACCGGGACCGGGACCGGGACCGGGACCGGAACCGGAAGCAGGACCGGGACCGGGACAGGAAGCAGGACCGCUACCGCUUCCGUGACUAUUGUCGGUGUUGCAAGGAACCACCUCCUCCUUACUGUCAAGGCCCAGAAGCAAACCUUGUAUAUGGCCAAGGUCCACAAGGGAUCCGGUCCAGAGUGUUCGCUAUCGGCCCGAGGAUGACAACUUCCACGCCAAUGCAGACCGUAUGUCCCUGCUGUGGGAAGCAGAUCGUCACGGUGACAACCCCUGUCCCAGGCGUCCUCACCUGGGUGCUAUGCGGUGGCCUCUUUGUAUUUGGUUCCAUCACAGCAGUGGGAGGAGAAACUGGCAUUCACUUACCCCAUGCACCUGGAGUUCACCCGAGGCCAUGUGUGAGUUGCUUCCUGCCCUCUCUUGACUCCAUCCCUGCGCACCCUGGGACAGCCCACCGACCUAUGACCUAUCCGUCUAGUCUGCAUUCUCCAUGCUGCCACUCUCCCAGUCUGCCACCCUGGUGGCCCUGAGGCAGGGCGGUUUGCUGAGCUGUUUCUGGAGCAGCUCCCAGUGAGAUUUACUCCGUACAGUGCGCUCCUCCCAGUGAGAUUUACUCCGUACAGUGCGCUCCUCCCAGUGAGAUUGACUCCGUACAGUGCGCUCCUCCCAGUGAGAUUUACUCCGUACAGUGCACUCCUCCCAGUGAGAUUGACUCCGUACAGUGCACUCCUAGGGGCUCAGAGUGCACAGGGGGCAAUGGGAACGAAGCAGCUGUUAAAAGGCCUCAAACUGCCUUGUGGAUAAGACAGCUGGGUAAAACAAGGCCCACUGGGCUAGAUCAGGAAGGUGGUGUAGGGCAACCCAGUAUCAGAGAGUCGGUUUGUGUCUCUCUGCAGUCCGUGCUGAGGACUGGAUCCAGGGCUUCGUGUCUCAUCGGCCAGUGCUCUAUCACUGAGCUACAUCCCCAGCUUCCCUCUCAUUUUGAGCCAGGGAUUCUCGGAAUUGCCCAGGUCAUUCUUCAGCUUGCUGUGUA